AUGUCAAAAGCAACAGCCACAAAAACGUGCGAACUCUUCACCCGUGGACGCAAAGCGAACAAGAAAACGACUAACCUCCAGGAUACCACGGAGACUGAAGCUAAGGCUACUGAGGCUACUGAGGAUAACACUGAUGCUAGCAUGGCUAACAUCGGAGAGGUGCUAUCCGAGAUCAAAUCUAUGCGAUCCGACUUCAGGGGAAGGCUCGACUGUAUAGAUCAAAGUCUGGGCAACAUGUCUUCCACCCUCACGGCAUUGGAGAAUGGACUAACACAGACAAAGCAGGAUGUUACGGCAAAUACGACUCGCAUUGCCGAAGCUGAGGCCCGCAUAGCCGCAGCCGAAGCUAAACAAGACGAGGCCGACACAACUCUGCAACUAGCGGCUGAAACAGCCCGGAUCAGAAAGAGUUUCCACCCGCUCAUCAAAGACUUCAUUGACAUUAACGCAUUCCGUGGGUUUCAAUACAACCCAUGCAGGCUCAGAAUCCUCCACGGCGGAAAGAUCCACCUCUUCUCUGGCCCAAAAGAAGCAGAGGAUUUCUACAGACAAGUCAACAAGUGA